CGGAGAAGAGGAGGUCACGCCCACCGACGUCUCUGUUCCACACGAGCCUUCUGUUUUAAGGACCUCUUUAUUAGUUUACCAAGGAUCGCCGCCUUUGUUUAUUCUUCCUCCACCCACUGAUCUGCAUAUCUGUGCAAAUAUACUUCAGAAAUCAGAAUAUCGCUCUUCACUCACAAAUUAUGAAGUAAAAAAAAAAAAAAAAAAGGAGUUUGCAAGGAAGAUUUCUGCCAUGAUGUUACAAUGGAUGGGUGGGUCAAGGAGGAAAGUUGAUACUUCACGAAGGUCAACACAGAAAAGGCAAAAGCAAUACUUUGAACAAAGAAAACGGCAAGAGCAGCAGAAAAAAGAUGCAAGAGAGAGCUUCUUUGACGAGAAAAGUCCAUGUAAUCAGCAAGAAAAGAAUAAUCGCUCACUUGAUAUUCUGAGUUUACUGAACAUAUCAACAGGUUCUGGGGACCACAAGUCAAAUGUCCACUCAGCACAUCAUAUUUAUGAGGACAAUCAAAUGCCACAGCCUUCUCCAGUGAUUCAAACAAACAAAGUCUUUUGUCUUGGCUCUCUUCAGCAUAAGGAAGGAACUUCACCAAGCUCCCAGGAUUAUGCAGCCUGCCUAAAGAAUACAUCAGUUGGAGCAUCUGGAGGUCAUGAGAGAGCUUUGUACAGCACCGAUGAGAAAGUAAAUCCACUGACGAACUCUACAAGCAAGCAACUCUCUAUCAUUGACAUACUUGGUGAUGAUGGACCGAACUGCGAGUUGGAAAAUUCAGCUCAUGAAGGCCAUGUUGCAUUUUCGAUUGAAGGUUUAGGUAAAGUUGAAAUGUCUACCCCAGUCCAUUCACCGCAGGUUCCUGGCAGACCCUUGUCAUAUGGUAGGUCCUCACCCCCAAGGACUAGGAGAAAAGCCCUCUCAUCUGAGUACCUUAACAGAGGGAUAGAUGGUAUUGAACUUGAAUUGGAUAGCAUGAUGGUGGAUGUAGAACUACCUUUUCGUACGAGUCCUUUAGACGGAUCCGCUUGCUCCAGGGGAAUACCAGAUUUACCUGGUAGCGCAGAACAUAAGUUACUAGAUACCAAAUGGUUCUCCUUUAAUAACAAUUUUACUGAUUUGUACACAUUUGAGAGUGAUGAAUUCUUCGGCAAAAGCAAGGAGAGCUCAAAUACAAUUUGGAAUGAUUCAGCAAAUUCCAGUUUCCAACUUCCUGAAAGCUUUCAUGAAGAUUGUGGUUCACCACAUAAGAGCUACUUAUAUCAUUUUGAUGCUGGUUCCACUGAUUUUUGGAAUAACCAAAGUUGUGGGAUGCGAGAAUUCAACUUUGAGGACUGUUAUUAUUGGGGUUCUGCCAAUUCUUCUAGUGCCAGAAAUUAUGGGAAGCAAGACACUUAUUUUGAUGACUCUUAUCAUCAGAAGCAAAGGGUCAGGAUGAGAGCCAAAUCAGAAUUCAACAUAAUAGAUUCGCCUACUCCCUAUUCCAAGCACUACAAAUCAGAGAAUUUCAGAGAUUUCAGUGUCUCAGAUGGAGAAUGGUGUUCCAUGAGAUGUACAAAUCCUCAUUUAAUGGAUAAUAUAGACCAUGCUGAUAAGACAUGGUUUGCAAAUGAAGAUGCAAGGGAUAAUUUGAGUUUAUUGAGCGAAGAAUCAUCCACUGCAGUGGUGGUUGAGUUAGACAGACAGCAAAAGAUGAACUCAAAUAAUAAAAGGAGAAGCCAGGAUGUAUCUGAUGGGAGCAAAGAGACAAAAUUCUGUGAGAAGUUAUCUGCUAAGGAAAGAAACUGCAAGAGGAAUGAUAUUCAGCAGGGGAAAGAAAUGGAUGAGCCAACAAAGUUACCAUGGCCACCAAACCAAUCAAGUGCAAAGCCAGAAUAUUACGAUCCUGUAUUUUAUGAGAAGAGGUCAGACAUGAACAAUGAUGGAAUUAGGGAGGCUAGAUGUGGUCCUGGAGAGUCAAAUUCAAGAUUCAGAUCUUUCUACGAAACUUCAGUGUCCAAAAGACAUGUAUCCACUUGUUCUGACUUCUUGACUGGAGAUGUCCUUACUGACCGGGAGCCUAAGUUACAAGUUGACUCCCUGCAGAACCUCAAGGGGUCUAUCAAAUAUCCUGGUGAAUAUGCACCCUCAUGUUUUAUGUUCGAACCAAUGACUUUUGAACUAGAUAGCCCGAGGUGCACCUUCAGGAACUUGUUUCAGGAUGCCGAGGAUUCAUUACAUACUCUUGGUUCCCAGGGCAAAGUAACAGGAAACAUUGUAAGAGAUGUAGGUAAGAUACCUGAUUUCCCGAGCGAUGGACAUGAAGGCGUUGAUAUCCUACCAUUCGAUAGCGGCCAAUUUGCCCCAAAUAUUGAAGUUUCUGGUAGGUGCAAGGGUUUGUCAUCAGGAAAGGAAAAGUCAGCGGAUGGAUCAAGUUCUGUCAAUAAGUGUAGUAACUGUGAGGAACCAAAAGAAAAAACUCCAGAAGUGGAGGACAGGACAAGAUCGUUCAACUAUUCUGAACGUGCAGAAGAAGCAUCUUCAUCUAUAGAGAUAUCCACUGUAUCAAAGGGGGAUCAGCACAGUUCAGAUAAAAAUCAGGACACUCAAUCUUCACUUAGAUGUCAAGCAGGAGAUGAAGUUACAAAAGCGGACAGCAGGUCUUCAUCAAAAGAAGGAAGGAUAGCUACACGACAAAGUCACAAUGUUCACCAAAAUGGUCAGGUUAUGAUGCUUGAGGCUGUGUCCUUCAAUUUUUACGUGUGCAGUUUUUGAAGGAAGCAUAGGAGUAAAGAACUUGGACAGCGCUGCAGGAGUAAGAGAACAUGGAUGGUCUGAUAAGCUUUACAGGCAGCAAAUGAAAUGUAAAUGCCAAUUGGCGAACUGGGGGCAGAACAAGGCAGUUGGGGCAACAUUAAAAGCUUCACGUGUACUUAGUACGGACUAUAACUGACUAACGUAAAUAAUGCCAAAUGCCUGCUAUUAAUGUACGCUAAGAGGCAUACAGAGCUUCAGGAAUUCAAGAAACGUUCAUAGGAUUUGUCCUUAUCUUCUUUAAUAUUUUGGUCUUUGGUUUCU